UGAGUCCGUCUCUUUUCGGGGGAAGCGGAACCAAAUCGCGGAACCCGGACGUUUUCCAUGUCAACACCCACUGUUUUGUUCCUUCUGCUUUUCAAACCAGGAAGAUGGAUCUGCUGUCGGUCAAAUGGAUUGUUAAUUUGCUAGUUUGUAGUUUUUUCCUCGGUGUCAGCUGUAAUUCAGUGGAAAAGAAGAUAUAUGUGCAUCUCAAUUACACCGUCCCGUGUGUGCGUCUGCUGAAUGCAACACAUCAAAUAGGCUGCCAGUCCCAGUUGUCAGGUAAUGUGGGCGUGCUCCAUGUGCUCGAGUCAGAGGAAAACUUGGACUGGGUCCUGCGCUCUGGUCCCAAUCCUCCUUAUCUGGUUAUCCUGGAGGCCCCGCUGUUUACCAGAUCCAUCAUGAUAAAACUGAAGAGCGGCUCCAGCAGAGUGGCUGGCGUUGCUGUUGUGGCGCCAAACACAAACCCGCUCGAGGGCUUCUCUCCGCACACCACCUGUCCCAACGAGAACACAGGCGUGUAUUCAGAGAACUACGAUCCAAUUUAUGCACAUUGUAACGUGACGAAGUGGAACCCUUUGGGAAACGGUCUGUCCUAUGAGGAGUUUGACUUCCCCAUCUUCUCUCUGAAAGACGACAACGACACUCAGGUCAUACGGCAGUGUUACAUGACACAUAACCGCGCUGUGAACGGCAGCAGCCCUCAGUACCCGCUGUGUGCUAUGCAGCUCUACUCCCACAUGUCCGCCGUCACCGACACGACCACCUGCAUGAGGAGGAAUGACAUCAACUUUAGCAUCAGCCCAGAAUGGGUUUGUGACCCACUGGGUGACUAUAAUGUUUGGGCCUCCACGAAGCCUCUCAACAACACGGCAAAGGGUCACAAGACCGGAGAGAGCGUGGUCAUCGCUGCAGCUCGGUUGGACAGCAGGUCCUUUUUCUUCGACAUCGCUCCUGGAGGAGAGAGUGGAGUCUCUGGGUUUGUCACUCUGCUUGCGGCUGCUCACGCUCUGAGAAAUGCCACCCAGGAGGCCCCACCUAACCGCACCAUCCUCUACACCUUCUUUCAAGGGGAAACCUUCGACUACAUUGGCAGUUCGAGGAUGGUGUAUGAUAUGGAGAACAAUAACUUUGCUGUGGACCUGGACAACGUUCACUCAGUCCUGGAGGUUGGACAGGUGGGGCUCCGUGCUGACUCCAAACUGUGGCUUCACUCUGAUCCAGUGUCCAGGAAGAACAGCAGUGUCAAUGAAGAGGUGAGGAAGCUCAUAGAAAACUUGCAGUCGGCUGCCACAGGUUUGAGCGUCUCAGUAGAUGAGCCGGGUGUCUCUCAGCCCCUCCCGCCCUCGUCCUUCCAGCGUUUCCUGCGAGCUCGGCCAAUCCCUGGCGUCAUUAUCGAGGAUCACAAGUCUGCAUUCACCAACAAGUUCUAUGAGAGCAUGUACGAUAAUGCGGAAUACCUGAACAUGUCUUACCCACCGAACCUGACGCCAGAGGAGCAGCUGGAGUUUCUCACUGAGACCGCUAAGGCUCUGACUGAGGUGGCCACCAUGGUGGCCCGGGCUCUGUUCAAACAGGCCGGAGGAGCCGACUCCCAGCUGACCAACAUUAAUGCAGACUCUCAAAUAGUGACCCGGAUGCUGUACGGUUUCCUUGUCCGGUCAAAUAACUCCUGGUUCCAGCAACUGAUCCCCUCUGACCUCAUGAGCCACCUGGUUGACAGGCCCACAAACUUCUACGUCGGCGUGCACCAGCAGCCCAGCGAGCCGACCCUCCUGGUGCAGCACCUGCUGGCCAACCUGACUGGAACCACCGUCAACGUGACCCAGGAAAACUGCCAGAACCAGAGAGAAGAUGAGAAGGACAAAGAGAACAAACAUAUGUACUACUACAUGUGGGUCCAAGGUGCUGCUCCUCCCAACAGCACAAAGAGGGAAGGUUUCUGCAUCCGCUCCACGGUCCGUCUCGCCAAAGCGCUGUCCCCGGCCUUCGACCUGCGGGAGUACACCUCCAAAGACUAUUCCACGUGGACAGAGUCCCGGUGGAAGUCCAUCAGCGGACGCAUAUUCCUGGUGGCGAGUCACGACCUGGAGAUGUUGACCCUCGGCGUGGGUGUGGCGGUGCUGCUAACAUCCCUCCUGCUGACGUACUUCAUGAGCUCGAAGGCCGACAUACUCUUCAGCUCGGGGAGGGAGCCCGCCAACGCCACCUACUGAUCCAGACUGAGGGGACGCCAGCCCACGACCACUACUACUACUAUUACUACAACUACUACUUCUAUCCCACCCAGACAUGGACAGGGGCUUUUCUUUAAAAACACACCACAAGUAGGUACACGGACCGGUUAGACACAGCAGCAGCCACAUCAGAGGCUUUUUUUUUUUUUUAUAAUACAACGACGACUCCAUGUUUAUGGACUCACUGAGGUGAGGCGUGACAUGAGGACUGGACUGGACUGGAUUGGCCUGGAUGGAUCUGGACUCAUCAGGGUCAGAACACACUGGUCAGGCACCAGCAGGCCCUGUCAGUGCAAAAGAUGUUUAUAUUUCUUUUGUUUUAGGUUUUUGUUUUCCCUUUUUAUUGUUAAAGAAUGUUUUGUUUACUGUGUCAUGGGAUAGGCACUAAACAUGAGCAUUAUUUUGAGCGUGUGUGUAUGAUUGUGAAUAUGUACAUUUGACUGAGUGUGAUUCAGUGUGUACGGACCGGUAUGAGUGUGUGAACUUUGUAUGAAGAUUGCGAUGGUAUGUGCAAUACUGUCUUCUCUGUAAAUGUAGUUAACUUAUCAAUCAGUUCUAAUAAGAAGAAACCACUUUUUGAGUCAUUGAACAAGUAGUUGAAAUUUAAAUUUAAGGUUUUGCAAAAUCCGGAAACGUGUGGUGAAGUAUUUUGAUAAGUUUUAGGUUCUGGGAUGUUGACGACAACCCUAAAUAUUUAUAUUGUUCAGUCCCAGUACACAUAUGACUACAUGUGUAUGUAGUUGUAGACCCACUGCAAUUUCACAUAUUGUGAUAUUUGUGUGGAGAAGAAGAAUUUCCCCAAGGAGUCCGGCGCGGCUGGCAAACACUUUAUUUCAUAUCGAUCAGCUGCCAAAAAAAAUGAAAAAUCCAGUCUGAAAAUCUUCUCAAAAUGCGCUGGUACUCUGGUUGUGCACUCUUUUUGGUUCGUACCUUUUUCACAAGGUUUCUUUGAAUGAUAACUUCUAAAAAUAAAAAAAAAUUGUGUCAACACGCAGGAAGGUUUUAAUUUUGUUGUAAUGUAACGGCUGGAAUCAAUGACCAAUUGUGAUGCCUUGAUGAAGAAAUAAACAUUGCUUCUUUUCCA